AUGGACUCUUUUGAUGUGCCCGACUCUACAGACUGGCUAGAGACCCCACUUUCCCUUCUCGCACCUCUCGAGUCCUCACUGCGAUGUCAAGUCUGCAAGGACUUCUUUAACAACCCGGUUAUCACCUCCUGCUCGCACACAUUCUGCUCACUUUGCAUUCGUCGAUGUCUCAGCACUGAAGGGAAGUGUCCAGUUUGUCGGAGCUCGGAUCAGGAAUUAAAGCUGCGUCGCAACUGGGCGGUUCAAGAGUUCGUCGAGACCUUUCAAAAUGCACGACAAAGUGUUCUUGACCUCGCAAGAAAGGAAACAGCGCGUCUGAAGGAAGGGGAUUCUACGAUACGUGAGCCGUCACCGAAAAAGAGAAAGGUCGAUCGCGUGGGCGUGGACGUGGACGUGAGGGAGCAAGUCACAGUGGUGCAAGCCAGCCCACGUCGCGCCCGGACAAGGUCACAACGGACUGAGAACGAUGCACCGAACCCUGAGCCGGUGGUGCGGGAGACCGUCGAAGUGAUAGACGAUAGUCAAGACGAAGGGGAAGAAGAAUACGUUCCUGAUGACGGUAUGGUCGCGUGUCCGAUCUGCCAGCGCAGGAUGAAAGCCCACUUAGUAUUCUCCCACCUCGAUACCUGCCAAGGAGUAAAGCCUGCGCCUCCACCAGCGUCCAAAUCGUCUGCCUUCAGUUCCCUACAGCCUCAACCGAAUCGCCUCCAAAGUUCACCCGGCAAAGGUCCCGAGAGGCUACCCGCUAUAAAUUACUCCCUACUGAAGGAUAAUUUACUACGGAAGAAAUUGAGAGAGUUAGGAAUUCCUGAAUGGGGGCCAAGGCCGUUGCUCCAACGGCGCCACACAGAAUGGAUGAAUCUAUGGAACUCCAAUUGUGAUUCCAGGAUUCCAAAAACCAAAAGAGCCUUACUGCAAGAGUUAGACAUAUGGGAGCGGACUCAAGGUGGACACGCAGCCGGUCCAUCGCCAUUUGCGACGAACACUGCUGUUAUGCGUAAGGACUUUGAUGCAGCCGGGUGGUCCGCAAGCCACGAUACUGACUUUAAGCGUCUGAUCGCAAAUGCUCGCAUAAAGAGCGAUACUCAAGUGCGAUCGACGAUACCUGGGGCGUCUGAGAAAUCCACAGGUGAAUCAGCAACAGGCUCCGCCGCACCCGUUGCAUCCAUGGAAGCUCCAUUUGACAACGGUAUUCCCGUGGAAAGCAAUCAAACCAUUGAGCCUCGUCGUUCGUUCGAUCCGUCAGGCUGA